AUGACUAUGGUUCUGGAGCAUGGGCAUCGCCAGUAUGGCGGUAUGGGGUAUGAUGGCGGCGUAUACCAGAGCCAUGUCCAGUCCAACCCUCCGCAGUUCAAUGAUGCAUGGUCGGCGCAACCAGCAUCUCACCCACCCCCUCCUGCAUACCCAUCCUCCAUGUCUUCUACAAACCCGAUAAAGCGUGAGGAGAUCCAGAGACCGUUACCGCCAGCCUUGUCCAUGCCGUACUCAAGUGUCCCCGUUUCAGCACCGUCGAUGGUUCCAAACGGGAGCUAUCCUGCAGUGACUUACGGUGGCUCGGAACUCCUAGUGAUGCCCCAAGAUAUGCCUCGAACAUCCCUUGAGCAGCAACAGUCCUCGACCACCGCGUCACCCAUACACUCAUUCCCUCCAACAUCAUAUGGAUCACUAGAAUCUCAACCUCACUCGCAAGGUCCACCACCCAGCACGUUCGGCGAUGCACUGGAUGCCAGUCGCGGAAUGGUUGCCCUUAGCCAGGACCUUACUCCAAGGGGCAUUUACCCACCUCGCGCAUCAAGAGGAUCAGCGGACUCGUACGGUUUCCCAUCAGCUCACUCAUCAGCGUCUUCGAUUUCAUCAGGGAACAACUACCCUUACUACAGUGCAUCGGUUGUCUCAGUAGACUCGUCUGUUACAGACUACAGCUCUACAACCUCAGAAUCCUACGACGGAAUGGCUUCGCGGACACUCCCAAGACCAUCCGCUCUCAUUGGGGCAAUGCCACCAGGACCACAGUCGAUGAUGGGCCAGUUCAGCUCCAAGGUACCAGCCAACACGCAAAAGAAGCACAAGUGCAAGAUUUGCGACAAACGGUUCACUCGACCCUCUUCCCUGCAAACACACAUGUACAGCCAUACUGGUGAAAAGCCAUAUGCAUGUGACGUCGAGGGUUGUGGCCGCCAUUUCUCUGUCGUUUCCAACUUGCGACGCCACAAGAAGGUUCACAAGGGCGAGAAGGAUUCGGGCUCUCCCGAAGAAGAGGAAUAG